UGUUUGCGUGCUUGUCUGAAACAAGUUUACUGAAUUUGAAGUUAGCAAGAGAAGAGAAGAGACGAAAGCGAAGUGUUCUCAGUUGUAGAGUCUGAUUUGAUUUGUAUCCCCAGUCCUUCUUCAAAUUCAUCCCAAAUGGCCGACAGAGAAGACAGGCUGUACUCUGCCAAAUUGGCGGAACAGGCUGACCGAUUCGAAGACAUGCGGGACCAGAUCAAGAAGAUAGUUGAGAUGAAGGUGGCUCUGACAGUGGACGAGCGGAACCUCCUUUCAGUAGCCUACAAGAACAUUGUAGGCACUAGGCGCACUGCGUGGAGAGUGCUGUCUAAUCUGGAGCUGAAGGAGAAAGAAAAGGAGACUUCCAGUGUGGCUAAAGUGUGCGAGGAUUAUCGCAAGAGUAUCGAGGCAGAUCUCUUUGACGUUUGCCACGACCUUCUGCGUCUGAUAGACAAUUACCUGCUGGAGUCCAGUGAGAAUGACGCCGACUCCCAGAUAUUCUACGAGAAGAUGAAGGGUGAUUACUAUAGGUACAUUGCAGAAGUGCAGGAGACAGAGGAGAGGAAGAAGACGGCUGAGUUGGCACUGAAGGCCUACCAGAAGGCAAGCGAGAGUGCAGCCACAUCUCUAGUCAAGACACACCCCAUCAGACUAGGUCUGGCUCUGAACUUCUCGGUGUUCCACUACGAGAUCUUGAACUCACCCAAACAUGCCAUCGCACUGGCCAGGAGUGCGUUCGACGAUGCGAUCAGUGAACUGGACCAGUUGAACGAGGAGAGCUACAAGGACUCCACCCUUAUCAUGCAGCUCAUCCGAGACAACCUAUCCCUAUGGUCUAACGACGUCAAACCCGACGAGGAAGAGGACGAUGAAAACUCUCCGACGAAAGAUGGUGCCGUCGGAGACAACCCGGAGGCAUAUGCGGCCAGUUGAUUGGAGGAUAUAGAAGAGAAAUAGAAGCAUCUACACCAAAAGCGAACAAAAAAAUUCCAAGUCAAACGAAACUAAAAUGAGAAAAUGGGACCAAGCAACCUAAUCACAUUGACUCUUAAUCUAAUUGGACUGUACCAAACCAGCGGAAACAAAAAUUGUUCCAGUGUCUUGAUACGCGAGAAACUUUUUAAGCUAAGUUGUUGAGAAAGCAGGGAGAGUUGUGAUAGUCGAUCAUUGAAAUAGUUGUCUGCGAUUACUUGCCUUUCGUUAGUGGUAUUGAUUAAUGUUUUAAUUCUUUAUUUUAACCGAGCCUUGUUUAAAUUUUUGCCAGUACCACACUCAAAUUUAUGUGCAGACAUACGACCUACUAAUAACGCCCUGCCUCAUUUUAAACCCAGCGAUAUCUCUAGCUUUGCAGUAAGUUAUUAGUACAAUCUUGCGGAGUUUGGAAAUCAAUAGUUGAGAUCCUUUGGCCAUGCACUGUAAAUAGGCCUAAAUGCUAAUCAGUCAAUGCUCUUAAGUUUGAAGGAACAAAUAGAAAAUAAUCGAAAUUGUCAUGUUUUGGAAUGAAGUAUUAAAGCUUCUGAUACAUUGCAUUGGCUGGGCUGCAUCCUGUAGCUUCGCGUACUUAGAUGCCACACGUCAUCUUUAUUUCAUUAUUAUUGAUAUCGCAAUGCGCUUUCAACUGAAGCGUCACUUAAUGUGACCUUUGAGUCUGCACAUAGACUUCGUCUUCGUUCGUGUCUUCUAGUCUCUAAUUGUCGUAAUGUAAACAAUGUAUAGCAAUAAACACGGUUAACUUGCCUUCCAUUCUUCAAUUCAUUCUUGCUGCAA